AUGGCAUAUGACCGAUACGUCACUAUCUGCAAACCACUGCACUAUGAGAGGGUGAUGAACAGGACAGCUUGUGUCCAAAUAGCAGCCAGUGCCUGGAUCAGUGGUCUUCUCAAUUCUGCACUGCACACUGAGAGCACAUUUGUCAUAACCUUCUGUGGAGGCAACAUGGUGGAUCAGUUCUUCUGUGAAAUCCCCCAGCUACUCAAGCUCGCCUGCUAUGACUCAAACCACAGUGAAGUUCUCAUUCCUAGACAAGCUGAUCUGGAUGAAACCUUCUCGGUGCUUCCACGAAUGUCAUAUCCUCAGCCAUUUGUGGACAGGCCUCAGAGAACUGAUGUCUUGCUGAUGUCCCCGUGGCUGGCUCCCAUCGUGUGGGAAGGCACCUUCAACAGAGACAUCCUGAAUGCCCAGUACAGACAAAAAAAUUCCGUUGUCGGGGUGGCCACAUUUGCAGUUAAAAAAUAUGUCCGGUUCAUAGAAGGGUUUCUUGGCUCCGCAAACAAAUUCUUCCUCUCCGGGCACAGGGUCAACUUCUAUCUCUUCACUGACCACCCAGAGAAAGUCCCAUCUAUGAAGCUGGCCCCUGAGAAGCGUCUCUUCGUCAUCCCUGUCCAGAACUACCCACGGUGGCAGGACAUUUCCAUGAACCGCAUGGACAUCAUUAGCAGCCACAUCCGCAGUUGCUGGCGCUACGAAGUAGACUAUCUUUACUCCAUGGACAUCGACGUCCAGCUAUUCGAGCACAUUGGGGUGGAGAUCAUCGACACACUUGUGGGGACCAUCAGCUCCUGGCAAUACACCGAACCCCGGGAGAACAACUCAUAUGAGAGGCGGCAGGAGUCGCGAGCUGCCAUCCCCAUUGGGGAAGGGGAUUUCUACUAUGCGGCCAGCUUCUACGGAGGGAGCGUGUCUGAAGUCUACAAGUUGACCACAGCUUGCUACAAAGGGAUCACGGAGGACAGAGCUAGUGGCAUUGAAGCCAAGUGGCAUGAGGAAAGCCACCUGAAUAAAUACCUCCUGUACCACAAGCCGACACGCCUGCUGUCCCCAGAGUACUACUGGGAUGAGGAGCUGAUCAGACCUCUCAUUGUCAAGGUUAAGAGGUUGUCCUCAGUGCACAAGGAUCUGAAAGAAGUCAGGUUCUGAAGGAAGGAAGAGAAA